GGGCGGGGGUUCCCGGCGACCCCUGCUGGCAGGUGGGGCCUAGUCGAGCCUGGCCGCCGCAGGACCCAAGUGCGGGAGCUUCAAGCUCCCCCGUGGGGACGGGAUUUGGGGCUGCGGCCGGAGCUGCUCCCCGACGCGUCCGGAUGGUUGAGGUCCCGACGCUGCUCACGUCCAGCGGGGAAAACGUGUGCUCUCCGCCCUUAUCUUCUCCCUGCUUCUGGGUUUGACGGCUUCCCCCCAGGCGUGCGGGGGUGCCGGGCUUUCCUCAGUGACGCCCGCGACCUCUCUAGGGAACGUCUCAGAAAGGCCGCCCGAGGCGCAGUGGAGGGAGAAAACGGGUUCCCUCCCUCCCUUGCCCCGCUCUCCUCCUCCCCCUGGUGUCUUCCUGAAACGGGAAGGGUGUGUUUCGAGCCCAGGCUGCUCAAGUGGAAGUUACCCGGACUGCUUUAGGCCAAGUUUAUAUGUCAAGUAAAUGAAACUACUUGAUGGUUUCCUAUUCCUCAGCCGACUCCACCUCCAAGCGGUUUGAACUUUGAGUUUCUUGUAGCCCUGAUGAACAAUUUGGCUUUCGUCAAGUUUGUGACACUUGAAACUUCAACAGCUGGAGAGAUCAAAAUGGCUUCCAGAGGAAAGACAGAGACAAGCAAAUUAAAGCAGAAUUUAGAAGAACAGUUGGAUAGACUAAUGCAGCAAUUACAAGAUCUGGAGGAAUGCAGAGAGGAACUUGAUACAGAUGAAUAUGAAGAAACCAAAAAGGAAACUCUGGAGCAACUAAGUGAAUUUAAUGAUUCACUGAAGAAAAUCAUGUCUGGAAAUAUGACUUUGGUAGAUGAGCUCAGUGGAAUGCAACUGGCUAUCCAGGCAGCUAUCAGCCAGGCCUUUAAAACCCCAGAGGUCAUCAGAUUAUUUGCAAAGAAACAACCAGGUCAACUUCGGACAAGGUUAGCGGAGAUGGAUAGAGAUCUCAUGGUAGGAAAGCUGGAAAGAGGCCUGUACACUCAACAGAAAGUGGAGAUACUAACAGCUCUCAGGAAACUUGGAGAGAAGCUGACCGCAGAUGAUGAGGCCUUCUUGUCAGCAAAUGCAGGUGCCAUACUCAGCCAGUUUGAGAAAGUGUCUACAGACCUCGGCUCUGGAGACAAAGUUCUUGCAUUGGCAAGUUUUGAGGUUGAAAAAACAAAAAAAUGACAUGGUGUGGAAGCUUGGGACAUUGAUCACAUUCUUUCUGUAAAUGGCAUUUGUCUCAUAGGGAUUUUGAAUCAUUGCAAAGAAAUCAAGAGAUUCUUGAAAUACAUUGAUAACCUGAGAAAUGGUGAUGGAAAACA